AUGGCUCUACGAGAGGCCGACCAUGCUGGCUCGUGGUACAGCGACAACGGACCUCAGCUGGCCCAGCAGCUCGACCAGUGGCUCUCCAAACCCUCUUCAGACCUGCCUCUGCCUGGAGCUCGAGUCGUCAUAUCUCCUCACGCUGGCUAUGCGUACUCCGGACCUGCCGCUGGAUAUGCCUACAAGGCUCUUGAUCUGUCGCAAGCGAAGCGUAUAUUCAUCCUCCACCCCUCCCACCACCAUCAUCUAAGCACCGCGGCUCUGCCGGUGGUACAAGGCUAUCUGACUCCUUUGUCGUCGGAGCCGCUGCCUCUGGACCUCGAUCUACUCAGCCAGCUCUCUAGCGUCACGGCUAUGACGUCUCAAAAUCGCCAAUUCCGCUUCACAACAAUGUCCAAGGAGGUUGACGAAGCCGAACAUUCCUGCGAAAUGCAGCUUCCAUACCUCCACCGCCUUCUACAGAAGCUGUAUCCGGAGCAGCCAGCCUCCAGCUAUCCACCACUUGUUCCCAUCAUGAUUGGCGGUACCUCGCCUGCUACAGAAAAAGCUCUUGGUCAGAUCUUGGCUCCCUACAUUGCAGAUUCCACCAAUGUCUUCGUCAUAUCAUCGGACUUCUGCCACUGGGGCUCGCGUUUUGGCUACACGUAUUACGUCCCAAACGCCCCGUCACCCGCUGUCGAUCCCGACUCUCUACCCAAUGGUCUCACAAAUCCAUCAUCAGAUGGUCCCUUGCAUGCGCAAACCUCAAUCUCCAAAGGCAUCUCACUACGGUCUUCCAAGGAUGUCUCAAAUGGUGGUCCUCAGAUUCAUGAUUCUAUUGCCCAUGUGGAUCGAGCAUGUAUGUGUGCGAUUGCUACCGGGUCGCAUGAUGCAUUCUUGAGUAUCUUGCAAGGUACAGGAAAUACGGUCUGUGGAAGACAUCCUAUCGGUGUCUUCUUGGCUGGUGUUGAGGAGCUUGAAAAGAGUGCAGAGACUGAAGCGGCUGCCGAGGAUCUUAAGCGCCGCUUCCGCUUCAUGCGGUACGAAAGAAGCAGCGAUGUUAAGUCUGUGCGGGACAGUUCAGUGAGCUAUGUGUCGGCGUUUGCAGUUCUAUGA